UGUGUGUGUGUGUAUGUAUGUAUGUGAGUGUGUGUCUGUCCGUGUGACUCGUAAUAUGUGUCAAAUAGUGAGGGGAGACUUCUCUAUGUAGGCGACUAAAGCUAAUGUGUUUAACACCAGAGGUCAGAAAGACAGAGAUUUGUCGAAGUAACAAGUUUUAUUCUGAAACCCGCUCCACAAUACCGGCACAUAUGCGAAAGUAGCGGAUUUUUUGAGUAAAACAAAGAUUUGUCAAGGGAACUUCUGUCAAGAGGGGAAGGAAAUAAGCCUGACACACCAGAAGAGGAUAUUUAUUUGGGGAAAUCGUAAUAUGAAAAAGAAGCAGGUCGAGAUAUUAGGUUUUGUUCCUCAGAAAGAGAACGUCUAUAACAAACUUCUCCCGUACGCAUACAAACUAGACCGCGAAUCCAAUGACAUUUUGGCCCAGAUUAAAGGGAACUUGGGUCGGGCUGUCCAGCUCCGUGAGUUAUGGCCCGGAGUUUUACUUUGGACUCGGAAACUCUCCACAUACCUUCGGCUGUAUGGGAGAAAGUUCAGCAAGGAGGAUCAUGUGCUCUUCAUCAAGCUUCUGUGCGAGCUGGUCACCAUCCCCAAGCUGGACAUCAGCAUGAUGCAGAGCUUUGCACGACUCCUCAUCAACUUACUGAAGAAGAAAGAACUGCUGUCCCGGGAUGACUUGGAAUUGCCUUGGAGGCCUUUGUACGAUCUCUAUGAGAGUAUCCUGUACUCAAAAACUGAGCAUCUCGGUCUUAACUGGUUUCCAAAUUAUCGAGCAGAAGCCUCAACUAAACAAAAAAUGCUUAAUAUUGUGCGCAAGCGCUCAGUGGAGAAUGUGUUGAAGACACUAGUCAAGAGCUGCAGACUUUAUUUCCCUGAGUCAGCUACACAGGAGAUGCUUGAUGAGUGGCGGCCAUUACUGUGCCCGUUUGAUGUCACUAUGCAGAAGGCCAUUAGCUACUUUGAGCUCUUCUUGCCCACCAUCAUGCCCCCAGAACAGCAUCACAAAGGCUUCAAGUUAUGGUUUGAUGACAUGAUGGAUCUCUGGGUUUCAGUGCAAAACCUGCCUGCUUGGGAGGGUAAUUUAGUGAAUCUUUUUGCACGUCUGGCUAAUGACAACAUUGGCUAUGUGAACUGGGAUCCGUACAUUCCCAAGAUCUUCACUAGGGUUCUGCGUAGCUUCAAUCUCCCUGUUGGCACCAGCCAAAUGAUCGUUCCCAGAUAUUUGAGCAACUCCUACGAUAUCGGUCACGUGGUCCUCUGGAUUUCCUCCAUGCUAGGCGGCCCACAAAACCAGGUCCAGAAACAGCUUAAUGGGCUCUUCAGUAGUAUAGCAUCUUUCUACCACCCUUCAAAUAAUGGGCGCUGGCUGAUGAAGUUGAUGAAGCUUCUACAGCGUCUGCCUGCCAGUGUUGUUCGGCGGCUACAUCGGGAGCGCUAUAAGAAACCCUGCUGGAUCACCCCUGUUCCCGCCAGUCACAGACUCACGGACCAGGAUGUGACAGACUUUGUGGAGAGCAUGAAGCAGCCGGUACUGAUGGCCAUGUUCAGCAAAACAGGCAGCAUGGAUGCAGCUCAGGCCUUGCAGAACCUGGCCCUGAUGAGACCAGAGCUGGUCAUCCCACCUGUGCUGGAGAAGACGUAUCCUGCUAUGGAGACACUGACGGAGCCACACCAGCUUACUGCUACUCUCAGCUGCAUGAUUGGUAUGGCCCGCAGUCUUCUCAGCGGUGGCCGACAUUAUCCCGAAGGUCCCGCACACGUCCUGCCCCUGCUAAUGAGAGCACUGCCUGGUGUUGACCCUAAUGACUUCAGCAAAUGCAUGAUCACGUUCCAGUUCAUUGCUACUUUUACUACUUUAGUGCUUUUGGUGGAUUGUUCAUCAGCCCUCCAUGAGAAGAAUGACUUGACAGAGAUGGAGAGAGAGUUGUGUUCGGCUUCUGCUGAGUUUGAAGACUUUGUUCUGCAGUUUAUGGACAGGUGUUUUGCAUUGAUUGACAGCAGCACUCUGGAGCAGACGCGCGAGGAGACGGAGACAGAGAAAAUGACUCAUUUAGAGAGUCUGGUGGAGCUGGGCCUUUCAUCCACCUUCAGCACCAUUCUGACACAGUGCUCCAUGGAGAUAUUCAAGGUGGCUCUCGAGAAAGUCUUCAACUUUGCCACCACCAACAUCUUUGAGACUCGUGUCGCAGGCAGGAUGGUGGCAGACAUGUGCAGAGCGGCUGCUAAGUGUCACCCUGCUGAGUCUCUCAGGCUGUUUGUACCAUACUGCUGUAACGCCAUUACUCAUCUAACUGCAAAUGAAGAUGUUUCAAAUGAGGAAGAACUGGAUAAAGAACUGCUCUGGAACCUUCAGUUGCUUUCUGAGGUGGCUCGUGUGGAUGGAGAAAAGCUCCUCCCGUACCGCACACAGCUGGUGCAGAUUCUGCAGCUGACCCUGCGUUUGCGAUGUAAGCAGGGCUACAGUCUGGCCUGCAACCUGCUGCACCAUAUCCUGCGUUCCACAGCACUCACCUACCCCACAGACUACUGCAGUGUGCCCGGCGGCUUCAACAGACCCCUGCAAGAGUACUUGCCCAUUAAGGACUGGGGUCGUCCGGGGGACGUUUGGAACCUGGAGAUCCAGUGGCAUGUGCCCAGCGCAGAGGAGACGGCAUUUGUGUUCUAUGUUCUGGACCUGCUGCUGCAGCCAGAGCUCCAGCGUCUGCAGAGAUAUGCACAGGGAGAACAGGACAUGAGCAGAGAUGACGUUCUUCAGAGUCUGUGUAUAGUCCAGCACUGUCUGCUGGGUGCUGGCAGCAUGCUCCGCCCUCUUGAUGGACGUACAGUCACCGGCCUUGUACCCAGCAUGGUUAGUUUGGAGGAAACAAAGCUGUACAUUGGUGUUGACUACGAUGAGUCCAGAGAGAACUACCGUGAGGCCAUCUGUAAAGUGAUGAGACCGUUGCUACAUUACAUUCUGGAACACUCAGAGGAUGACACCAAAUCCCUUUUCGCCAUUAUCAAGAUCAUCAGUGACUUGAUGCACUUCAGAGGUUCCCAUAAACAUGAGUUUGACUCUCGCUGGAAGAGUUUCAUCUUGGUGAAGAAGUCGAUGGAGAACAGGCUUCAUGGGAAGAAACAGCACAUCCGAGCUCUUCUUAUUGACAGAGUUCUUCUUCAGCAUGAGAUGCGAAAGUUGCUGGUCGAGGGGUGUGAAUAUAAGACUGUUCAUCAGGACCUGUUGAGGGACCUUUUGCGUCUUUCCACCAGCACCUACAGCCAGGUCCGCAGCAAGGCCCAAAAUGUGUUGUUCACAGCUUUGGGGACCUAUAACUUCUGCUGCCGAGACAUUACUCCACGUGUCCUGGAGCUACUGGAGCCCACACGAACUGAUGUCACCCAGCAACAGUUCAAGGGGGCACUGUACUGCUUGCUUGGGAACCAUUGUGGAGUGUGCCUUGCUAACCUACAUGACUGGGAUUGCAUCGCUCAGACGUGGCUGUCCAUAGUGCGCUCAGGCCUCAGCUCAGCUAUGUCUCUAGAGAAGCCCUCCAUUGUCAGACUCUUCGAUGACCUUGCGGACAAAGUCCACCGGCAGUACGAGACCAUCGGCAUCUAUUUUACAGUACCUGAGAGUGCAGUUUUGCUAGGCCGGCACAUCACUGAUUCAAGCCAACCCACUCCACACAUUGGCACUCCCACAGAACAGGAGCUGGAGCAGGGACUGGCACUUCAACAAGACAAAAACCAUGAGGCAGUGCAGAAAUAUGAAAAGAUUGUGAGAGACCUGUUGGAAUGUCUAGAUGACAGGGACCUGCCUUGGAAGUUUGAGCACAUUGCCAUUGGCUUCCUAUCUCUACUGCUAAGAGAUGACUAUCCCCUCCCGGCCCCAGCGGUGCUCUUCUUUGUACAGAGCCUCAACCAUGAUGCGCUUGUUGUUCGCAAGAUGGCGAUCGCAGCAAUGGCAGGCAUACUGAAACAGCUGAAGAGACCGCUCAAGAAAAUACCUGUUAGUCCCUGUGAUAUAAGUGGAGUAACAGAGCCGGAGGGGCUGGUGGCAGGAGACAAGCCGGGGAAUGACUGGCUGCAGUACCAUGGUGACAGCCUGCCGAACACCCAGCAGGACUGGGACAAUUUCUGCUUUGUAGAGAAGACACACUGGGGCUACUACUGCUGGCCAAAGAAUUUGAUGGUAUAUGCCCCAGCAGCGGAGCAGCCCAAGGAUCUUUCCGCUGAGAACAUGAAUGAGAGGGAGCGCGUCAUCUAUGACCAUUUCACAGAACCAAUGUUCAUCAAACAGCUCAUUGAGUUCCUGUCUCUUGAGGACCGAAAGGGCAAAGACAAGUUCAAUCCUCGUCGCUUCUGUCUCUUCAAGGGACUUUUCCGGAACUACAGUGAUGCUUUCCUGCCUGUUCUAAAGCCUCAUAUGGAGCAGCUGGCAAAUGACUCUCACGAGAGCACCCAGCGCUGUGUGGCUGAGAUCAUUGCAGGACUGGUUAGAGGCAGCAAGCACUGGAGCUUCAGCAAGGUGGAGGCAUUAUGGAAAUUCCUGAUUCCUUUGAUGCGAACGGCACUGUCCAAUAUUACUGUCGAGACCUAUGCUGACUGGGGUACCUGUGUGGCAACCGCCUGUGAGAGCCGAGAUCCACGAAAGCUUCACUGGCUUUUUGAGAUGCUGAUGGAGUGUCCUCUCAGUGGGGAAGGUGGAUCGUUUGUAGAUGCCUGCCACCUAUACGUGCUGCAAGGUGGUCUGGCACAGCAGGAGUGGAGGGUCCCAGAGCUGCUACACAGAUUGCUUAGUUACUUGGAGCCCAAACUCACUCAGGUUUAUAAGAAUGUGAGAGAGCGCAUUGGCAGUGUGCUGACGUACAUUUUCAUGAUUGAUGUCACCCUGCCACACACUCUGCCUACUAAGUCACCACACAUUGCUGAGUUUACCGAAAGGAUCUUGUCUCAGCUGAAGCCCCUGAUUGAGGGAGACGAGGAGAUCCAGAACCACGUGGUGGAGGAGAACGGAGUGGGGGAGCAGGAUGAGAGGACCCAGGCCAUCAAACUCCUCAAAACUGUUCUGAAGUGGCUGAUGGCCAGUGCGGGGCGCUCCUUCUCUACUCCAGUACCUCAGCAACUGCAGCUGCUGCCCCUGCUCUUUAAGAUCGCUCCUGUAGAAAAUGAUGACAGCUAUGAUGAGCUGAAAAGGGAUGCAAAGAUGUGCCUGUCCCUCAUGUCUCAGGGUCUCCUCUAUCCUGAGCAGAUCCCUACGGUACUGAAGGUGCUACAUGAGGUAAGGCCUUAGACACGCUUGACACGACCCCACAUAUCAGGACGACU